GCGGUCCGUCGCGUCCCCUCCGCCCUGCCGGCCCCGAGCUGGCCUCAGCCGGGCCUGAGCAGGGAUCCCUGCUCUCGGGAACGGGGUUCGCUUGGGACGACAGCUGCGCUGCGCAGCCGGCCGUGGCUGUAGCGGGGUCACGUCUCUCCUGUCCUCGGGGCCUUCCUGCGCUCUAUCCCGGUCACCUAACGUGGGCAGAAGCGGGCUGGAAGCCUGGCGGCGCGGGGAGCUGGGGACGCGUACUCCGAGCAGGUGCUUCGCAGGGCUCGUGGUGCGUGACCUGCGGGCUGCUCCCCUCCGCUGCCCUGCAGAAGGCUUCCUCAGCGGGACAGCGGGCGCGUGCAGUCAUCCCCCAGGAGGUGCAGGGGGCUCGGUACGGAGCGUGGAGUCAGUGCCGUAGAAUAAGGAAGCGUAGUUGCCUUUUGCAGUGUCUGCAAUGUGUUAGAGUAAUAUCAGAAUUCAAAGGUUUUGUCUCUUUUUUGUAUGUAGAGUGUUUUUGCCCAACGACCUCAGGAUUUAUACUGACAGCCGAAGGGGGCUUGUGAAUUCCGAACUUGUGCAUAUCAAGGUAAUAAUCGUUUGCUGUCUGCUAUACCUUUGAAGUCUGUGAGUACAGAAGUGCUUUAAGUAGUGCUUCUGAGGAAACCUGCCUGUUAAAAAGCUUAGAUUGGCUUCUACUAGAGUACUCUGCAGACUCUGUAUUCAUCUCUGACACAUCAGUAGUAGAAGCUUUCUCAGGGGAACAAAAACGUUCCCUGAAAAUUUCAGGUAAUGAAAGCAGUAACGUUCAAACACAGCAGUGGUUGAUCGCGCUCUACCUGCCCGACACCUGCAGCAGCGUGACUGCGACGCUCUGCCUGUGAAAGCAGGCUCCCCUGCUCGCUGCGGGGCACGUGCGGCUCACGUUCGGCCUAGCGCACGGCCUGUUGCAGUGCUCCAGGAGCUCCCUGCUUGGGGGUGCUUCCAUCCAAGCAGUAAUUCUCCCAAUAGCAGGACAACUGUAGGAGGCGGUCCUUUCUGGAGAUGAGCUCACCCGGGUCUGGAAGUCUGCUGGGUUGGUAUGCAAGUCUGUUUUGUGAGAGAGGGCAAUCUUACAUGCCUAAUGCAGGGCCCUGCCCUGCCACAGCAACUGAGGAGAAGCUCUCAGGCGUCAGCUUGUGUCUGUGGUGUGAUGGACACUGGACUAGGUGCUGGAGUAGGGACGAGGCCAGUCUUUUCCAGAGUCCAGAGAGCACAUAUCCCUCAGGUCUUGCCAGGAGUUUCUGCGAAAGAGCAGAGAAUGUCGCGGCAGGUGGGUUGUUUGCUUUCUGGUUGUCCUCCUAAAGCGCAGCCCCUCCCUGGUGAAAAGCAGCCAAGCUUGUGAAAAAUCGCAAGGGCAGCGUUUGUUUGGUUGUCUGUGGUUAAUACAGAGCUAAGCUUCUAGAUCCGCCUCCGAGGCACUGUAUGUUGGCCAGCCUAAAGGAAAGCCAGGAGCGCCAGGAUUUCACUUGUGUGAAGAUUUGCGGUGCUCUAGUGAAGAAUGACCUCUGUAGACCACGGGGGACUCGCCCCAGGCAAGGCCUGAGAGCCUCUGCUGCUUGUGUGAGGAGCGUUUCCCUGAGGCCCAAGUGUCUGCAGUGGUGGGGUGGGUAUCUGUAGCUCUUCUGACAGACGGCCAGCUCCAGCGGGAUGAUCUCAGGGCGGUUGCGCGUCACCCCUUCAGACAGCUCUGCAGGCACCUGUCUCUUGGCAGAGGGGUAGUUUUAGGGGCUGCCCGAGUAGCCUUGCUUUGGGCUGUCCCCCGAGGAAGGAGGCGCAGCUGUGCUCUAGUGAAAGGUGACCCGAGUAGGUGGUGUGGAGCUGUGGUAACUGGUGGUCCAGCGAGCAGCUGGACUGCUGCAAAAUCAGUAUCUUGCCUGACGUGUCCUGCUGUAGGCGCGCUGCUGCCGAGGCGGUUUUCCAGGUGAGGUAAAGGCAGGUGGGGAACAGGCAGCCAGCUUGCCCGCUCUGUGGCGCAGGAGAUGAGGGGUGUGCAGACACUGCGGGCCCAGCCUUGAACAGGCUCUAACUGGUGCUCCAGUUGAAGUGAUCCCCCAUCUCGUGUUGAAGCGGUCUGUGGGUGCCGGCUGCCUCUGAGAGCCGCGGUUACUGCGAGACCAAUAGCUGUUGCCCGGCUAAUGCGGCUUUUGGGAGGAGAGCCAUGCCGAGGGCGUGCAUUGGCUCGCACCCCACCACAGGGAGGGCCGACGUGGCUGCAAAGGAUGCUAGUGAGCUGACGAAGGGACAAAGACCGUAAGGUGGUCAGUGAAGGUUUGCACUGUGUCGGUGUGUUCCCAGAGGAACCUGUGGUGCCGCACUUUUCCCCACGUGCUUUGUGCGUAGCUCCUGGGAGCGUGCUCUUUGCAGGGACGAGGGAACGCAGCGCAGGCGGCAGCGAGGUCUGGUGCUGCAGCGCUGUCCGGUUCUCUAGGGACGAGGCACUAAGCCGUUAGCAGCCAUCAUGCCAUCGAUUCAUCUUUAUCCUUUUCAGCGCGAUUGCUUCUAUGAAGGCUAUGUGGAAGGUUUCCCGGGUUCCCUUGUGGCACUUAGCACCUGCUCUGGACUGAGUGGGAUUCUGCAGCUAGCGAAUGCCACCUACGGCAUUGAGCCUCUGGAUGCUGCACCGGGAUAUCAGCAUCUCGUUUAUCCAGUGUGGAACGAAAAUGUCGAGAAUCAGCUCUUUGUAGAAAACAGCUCUCUUGCACAGCCUCAGGAGAUUUCGCAGAAGCUGAAUGCCGGAACGCAAAGUAAGCAAGCUGUCACUAGAUCCCCUCGAUAUCUGGAAGUGCACGCAAUUUUGGACAAGGCUCUGUAUGACUACAUGGGUGCUGACAGGGAUGCUGUGACAGACAAGAUAGUGCAGCUUUUCAGCUAUGUGAACAGUAUGUUUACUCGCCUUAAUCUUACGAUAGUAUUGACUUCCCUGGAGUUUUGGACAGAAAAUAAUAAAAUCCCUACCACGGGAGAUGCUGAGGAGUUACUGCGGACAUUUUUGCAGUGGAAAAAUACGCAUCGCGUCUUGCGGCUACAGGACAUAACGUACCUAUUUGUUUACAGGGAGCAGCCCCGUUACGUAGGGGCGGUUUCGGCGAGGAGGCUGUGUCUCAAGAACUAUGCUGGAGGGGUUGCCUUGUACCGCAGAGCUAUGACCCUGGAGACGUUUUCGGUGAUCCUUGCGCAGCUGCUGGGGCUGAGCCUGGGAAUAGGCUACGACGAUUCCAGGAGUUGUCGCUGCGCGGGAGCCACCUGCUUAAUGCAGAGCAACGCGGCGUAAGACUUUCUCCCUGACUUUCAUUGCCCGUGCGGUUUGGUGAGGUAUGAGGCCCCGGGAGCGACGUAGGGUCGGAAAGCGUGCGCUCCUGCCCCGUAUCGGGCGUGCAGUAAGCGUCACAGAAGCUCUGCCUGCGAGUGGCAGAGCAGGUUAAAAGUACAGUAGCGUGCAGAGACCGGCAGGUCCGGAUAGCAGCCAGCUUCCUCUGGCCGCACCAGCGGAAAGCCUCUGGUGUCUGGGGGCGCGAGGGAACGCGUGUUCCCUGAAGCAUAGAUCAUUUGUACGGUAGUGUUUUUCUGUGACUUUCAGGCGCU